ACAAACAUAGCUUCAAGUAUGGACCUCAAGCUAAGGCCUAGCUUCUUCAUCUCUUUUCUGAUUCUCAUUUUACUUCUCAAAAAUCUUAAUUACGGAUCUGCAGCUAGUCCGAAAUGCAUAUCCACCGAGCGGCAAGCUCUUCUCACCUUCAGAGCAGCACUAACUGAUCUUUCGAGUAGGCUCUUUUCUUGGUCCGGACCUGACUGCUGCAACUGGCCCGGUGUUCUUUGCGAUGCUCGGACCAGCCACGUUGUCAAGAUUGAUCUCAGAAACCCGAGUCAAGAUGUUCGCUCUGAUGAGUAUAAAAGAGGUUCCUUGCGAGGGAAGAUACAUCCGUCUUUGACUCAACUCAAGUUCUUGAGCUAUCUGGACUUGAGUUCAAAUGAUUUCAAUGAACUAGAGAUUCCUGAGUUUAUUGGCCAAAUUGUUAGUCUAAGGUACCUGAAUCUUUCUUCCUCAUCGUUUUCCGGCGAAAUCCCAACGAGUCUUGGAAAUUUGUCGAAGCUGGAGUCUCUUGAUCUGUAUGCAGAGUCGUUUGGUGACUCUGGUACAUUAUCAUUGCGCGCAAGCAAUCUCCGGUGGCUUUCAAGUCUGUCUUCUUCCCUGAAGUAUCUCAACAUGGGGUAUGUAAAUCUAAGUGGUGCGGGUGAAACCUGGUUACAGGAUUUCAGCAGAAUCUCGGCGCUAAAGGAGUUGCAUUUGUUCAAUAGUGAGCUCAAGAACUUACCUCCCACCUUGUCUUCGUCUGCGGAUCUGAAGCUCCUUGAAGUUCUUGAUUUGUCUGAAAACUCUCUCAAUUCGCCGAUACCUAACUGGCUAUUUGGUCUUACCAACCUCAGAAAGCUAUUCCUCAGAUGGGAUUUUCUCCAGGGUUCGAUUCCUACGGGGUUCAAGAACUUGAAGCUUCUAGAGACACUUGAUCUGUCGAAUAAUCUGGCACUACAAGGCGAGAUUCCAUCGGUUCUUGGAGACCUUCCUCAACUGAAGUUUCUUGACCUUUCUGCAAACGAACUCAACGGUCAAAUCCAUGGGUUUCUAGACGCCUUCUCCAGAAACAAAGGAAACAGCUUGGUCUUUCUCGAUCUCAGUUCCAACAAGUUAGCUGGGACAUUGCCCGAGUCACUUGGAUCGUUGAGGAAUCUGCAGACUCUGGAUCUUUCAUCGAAUUCCUUCACGGGUUCGGUCCCUUCCUCGAUAGGAAACAUGGCGUCACUGAAGAAACUUGAUCUUUCUAACAAUGCCAUGAACGGGACAAUUGCGGAAAGCUUGGGGCAGCUUGCAGAGCUUGUGGAUCUGAACUUGAUGGCGAAUACAUGGGGAGGCGUUCUGCAAAAGUCACAUUUCGUGAAUCUCAGAAGCUUGAAAAGCAUCCGUCUAACAACUGAACCAUACAGAUCUCUUGUCUUCAAGUUACCAUCUACUUGGAUUCCUCCUUUCAGACUGGAGUUGAUCCAAAUCGAGAACUGUCGGAUCGGUCUGUUUCCAAUGUGGCUCCAAGUACAAACCAAGCUCAACUUUGUCACACUCAGAAACACUGGUAUUGAAGAUACAAUACCGGAUAGCUGGUUCUCUGGAAUCUCUUCUAAAGUUACUUACCUAAUUCUAGCAAACAACAGAAUCAAAGGUAGAUUACCUCAAAAGCUUGCGUUCCCAAAGUUAAACACCAUUGAUUUGAGCUCCAACAACUUUGAAGGCACUUUUCCUCUCUGGUCUACAAACGCAACAGAGCUGCGUCUUUACGAGAACAACUUCUCGGGUUCUCUUCCACAAAACAUUGACGUCUUGAUGCCAAGAAUGGAGAAGAUCUACCUCUUUAGCAACAGCUUCACAGGCAACAUCCCAUCGUCUCUAUGUGAAGUCUCCGGACUGCAAAUUCUGUCACUGAGGAAGAACCAUUUCUCUGGUAGUUUUCCAAAAUGUUGGCACCGUCAGUUCAUGCUUUGGGGAAUUGACGUGUCUGAGAAUAACUUAUCAGGCGAAAUACCAGAGUCUCUUGGUAUGUUACCUUCUCUCAGCGUCUUGCUUCUGAACCAAAAUUCGUUGGAAGGUAAAAUCCCAGAGAGUCUUCGGAAUUGUUCUGGCCUUACGAACAUAGAUCUCGGAGGAAACAAGCUGACCGGGAAGCUUCCUUCAUGGGUAGGAAAGCUGUCUUCUCUAUUCAUGCUUCGUCUGCAAAGUAACUCCUUCACUGGUCAAAUCCCAGAUGAUCUCUGCAACGUUCCAAAUCUACGCAUUCUGGACCUCUCCGGAAACAAAAUCUCGGGCCCUAUUCCAAAAUGCAUCAGCAAUCUCACAGCCAUUGCUCGAGGUACAAACAAUGAGGUGUUCCAGAAUCUAGUCUUCAUUGUGACCAGAGCUCGUGAAUACGAAGCCAUAGCCAAUAGCAUAAAUCUUUCAGGGAACAACAUAAGCGGAGAGAUCCCAAGAGAAAUCUUAGGCCUCUUGUAUCUCCGAAUCCUGAAUUUAUCAAGAAACUCCAUGGCAGGAAGCAUUCCCGAGAAAAUAUCAGAACUGAGUCGCUUGGAGACGCUUGAUCUAUCAAAAAACAAGUUUUCUGGAGCCAUACCUCAGAGCUUCGCAGCAAUAUCUUCUCUGCAAAGGCUGAAUCUUUCGUUCAAUAAACUGGAGGGGAGCAUACCUAAGCUUCUCAAGUUUCAAGAUCCAUCCAUUUACAUUGGAAAUGAAUUACUCUGUGGGAAACCACUUCCUAAAAAAUGUCCAAAAGACAUUAAAUAGCAAAAUGUUGUAGUGAAUUGAGCAUAAGGAAGGUGCUAAGAAGUACCUUACAAGAUAAUGUACCUGCUCAUAUACCAAUAAUAAUAAAAUUAUCAGCUCAAUU